CAGGGCUCUCAAGACCCCAAAGUGAGGAGAAGCCGCAGGGGAAGGGAGGGACAGAACCAGGCCAGGGAGGAGGAGGGGCCCAGGCCGCAGCCCCGCAGAGCCUCGGCCGCAGACACAGCUGCUGGCAGAGGACGGAGGACAGACGGGCAGUCCACAGCCCUGGGACAACAUCCUCAUCCGGCCACCCACCCCGGCCAGCGCCAUGGCCUUCAACGACCUCCUGAAGCAGGUGGGUGCCGUCGGCCGCUUCCAGCAGAUCCAAGUCGCCCUGGUGGUCCUGCCGCUGCUCCUGAUGGCCUCCCACAACACCCUGCAGAACUUCACAGCUGCCAUCCCCGCCCACCACUGCCGCCUGCCCCCCAACGCCAGCCUUGGCCCGGACGGGGAUCUGGGGUCCUGGCUGCCCCAGGAUCCACAGGGGCGACCUGAAUCCUGCCUGCGCUUUGCCACCCCACGGCAGGGACCACCCCUCACCACCAACACCACAACCAACCUCACAGAGCCCACAGAACCCUGCGUGGACGGCUGGGUCUACGACAAUAGCACUUUCCCAUCUACCAUCGUGACAGAGUGGGACCUUGUGUGCUCACAUCGGGCACUCCGCCAGCUGGCCCAGUCCCUCUACAUGGUCGGGGUUCUGCUGGGCGCCAUGUCCUUCGGGCAUCUGGCAGACAGGCUGGGCCGCAGGAAGGUGCUGAUCCUGAACUACCUGCAGACAGCUGUGUCGGGGACCUGUGCCGCGUACGCCCCCAACUUCCCCCUCUACUGUGCCUUCCGGUUGCUCUCAGGCAUGUCCCUGGCCAGCAUCGCCAUCAACUCCAUGACGAUAACGCCUGGAGAGCCCAGGCUGGGGUCUGCCCAUCCCAUGCCCAGUGUGGAACCUGCCCUGUGCUGUCCUCUCACAGAUGUGGAGUGGACGCCCAUUCACACACGCGCCUGCGUGGGCACCCUGAUGGGCUACACCUACAGCCUGGGCCAGUUCCUGCUGGCCGGCCUGGCCUACGCCGUGCCACACUGGCGCCACCUGCAGCUCCUGGUCUCCGCGCCCUUCUACGCCUUCUUCCUGUACUCCUGGUUCUUCAUCGAGUCUGCUCGCUGGCUCUCCUCCCGUGGGAGGCUGGACCUCACACUGAGCACCCUGCAGAGAGUGGCUCGAAUCAACGGGAAGCAGGCAGAAGGAGCCAAGCUGAGUAUGGAGGUGCUUCGGACCAGUCUGCAGAAGGAACUGACCCUGGGCAAAGGCCAGGCCUCCGCCAUGGACCUGCUGCGCUGCCCUCCCCUCCGCCACCUCUUCCUCUGCCUCUCCAUGCUGUGGUUUGCCACCAGCUUUGCCUACUAUGGACUGGUCAUGGACUUGCAGGGCUUCGGGGUCAGCAUCUACCUGAUCCAGGUGAUCUUCGGGGCCGUAGAUCUGCCUGCCAAGCUCGUGUGCUUCCUGGUCAUCAAUUCCCUGGGCCGCAAGCCAGCGCAGGCAGCCUCCCUCCUACUGGCAGGCAUCUGCAUCCUGAUGAAUGCAGUGAUACCCCGGGACCAGACAAUCGUCCGCACCUCCCUCGCCGUGCUGGGGAAAGGGUGCUUGGCCUCCUCCUUCAACUGUAUCUUCCUGUACACGGGGGAGCUGUACCCCACCAUAAUCCGGCAGACGGGCUUGGGCAUGGGCAGCACCGUGGCCCGGGUGGGCAGCAUCGUGAGUCCCCUGGUGAGCAUGACGGCCGAGCUCUACCCCACUGCGCCUCUCUUCAUCUUCGGCGCCAUACCUGUGGCCGCCAGCGCCGCCACAGCCCUGCUGCCCGAGACACGGGGCCGGCCGCUGCCCGACACUGUGCAGGACCUGGACAGCAGGAGGGCAGGCAGACUGAGGCAGCCACAGCAGGAGCAGCAGAAGCAGAUGGUGCCACUCCAGGGUGCCACACAGGAGAAAAACGGACUCUGAGGACCGAGGUGCCUGUGGGCCCAGGCCUUGUACUGGGAGGGGGACGCCACAGGGGGUCUGUGUCCCGGGGAGCACUGCCCAAGCCCACAUAGUUA